AUGAGUCCCAAAGCAGACGUGGUACGCCCAUGCGGCAACUUGGAAAAGUACUCAACAGCCCGGCACUCGCUCGGCCUGUACCGGUGCGUUGCUGUCGCCGGCCGCUACGCAGUCCCACCCGGGGCCAGCCUCGAAGAAGUCAAGACAACGCUUCGAGGCGCCAUCGCGCAGGUCGCGGCAGAGCAACCGUUCAUGCGGGUCGGCAUCGCCGAUGAAGAUAAACAAACUACCUCGUUUGUGCGUGUUCCACAAAUCAACUUGUCAAACCAUAUUCAGUGGUUCGGUCCGUCCCACCCCGGCGACGGCGCAGGCGCAUCGGAUGCAGCCCUCUGCAGGCACCUGUCCUACCAGCACGACCAGCUCUGGCCGGACCUCGAGCGGCGUCCGCCUUGGAAGGUGGCCAUCAUUCCAAUUCAGAGAGACGAGGAUGGUGUCUCGGAGAUCGAGGUCGUCUACUUCUUUCAUCAUGCAAUCAGUGACGGUACCAGCGGGUCCAUCUUUCACAAGCGGCUACUCCAGGCCUUGAGUAACCCAGUCGUUGUCCAAGGUCUUCAAAAUGAUAGUCUUGACCUCCCGAAGCCGCCCGCAUUACCCCUAUCACAGGAACAGCUCGUCAACGGGCGCAUCAGCUGGUCGUACUUCCUAUGGGAACUAUGGGGUGCCUUCGGCCCUUCAUGGCUGAAGUCGAAACCCGACGUGACCCCAUGGACAGGUCAAGACGCAGACUUUUCCACGCCAUUCCACACCAACGUCCGCAUCGUGAGGCUGCCGGCCUCCACCGUGGCCGGCUUGCUAGCAGCAUCCCGCGCCCAAGGCCUCACCCUCACACCGCUCCUCCACGCCCUCGUCGCAGCCUCCCUCGCCCGCCAUCUCCCGGCCUCCGCCGCGCCGGCCUUUGAGCCAUCCUCCGCCAUAAGCAUGCGACGCUUCGUCAAAGACGCCAAUGCCGACAUUGACAACCAAAUGUCAGUUCUCGUCACAUCUACAAACCACCCAAUCUCCAAGGAACGCACCACGUUACUCCGCGAGUCCUCUGGGGACACUCUGGAGCGCGCAAUCUGGAACGUUGCCGGCUCCGUCAAGAGCGACCUCAAGACGAGGCUAGCGACGCUGCCUCACGACGACAUCACCGCCAUGCUAAGGUAUGUUGGCGAUUUCCACGACUUUUUCAAGAAGAAGGACGGCAGUGCGCGGGGGAACAGCUGGGAGGUCAGCAAUCUGGGCGCCAUCAACGGCGAGGGCGAGGGUGAGGGUUGGAAGUUGACCCGCGCCGUCUUCUCCCAGUCGGCCGGGACCAUCGCCCCGCCGGUUUGCGUCAACGCUGCCGGCGUCGCCGGCGGAGAAACCACGGUCACGCUCACGUGGAACGAGUCAAUCAUCGAGACAAAGCUUGUAGAGGCGCUGGCUGCUGAUCUCGAGCUGUGGACUCAAAAGCUUGCUGCGGGCGAAACUUUAUAA